AUUUUUUUCUCCAUUAUUAUGAACGUUUUAUUGUUAUACUUCGUUUUCUUUACAAUAAAUAUGAUUGUCAAAGGACAUUUUAAAACAAAAGGUACAAGAUCACCGCGAGAUCAGAAAGCUAUAGGUACGUCUUUCGAACUAUAUGAAGCUGCUGAAAACAUAAAGUCUAUUGGUGAUUAUUUUCCUACGGAGGCGAUGCGUUUUACAGUUUUUGUAGACGGAUACGACGCGAAAAAAUCUAUUCAAAAUUUACACGAAGCGGCAUUAAAGAUGGACCACGCUUUUGUUGUUAUGAUCGAGAAUUUCGUCGAGUCAAAGCUGAAAGAGUAUAAUCGAAUAUCGUACAAUUACAUAGUAAAACAUCAAUUUACACUCCGUUCCAGUUUGAUCGCAAUGAACCAAGCGGUUGACGCGAUCAAGUUUAAAGAAAAACACGAAUAUCGUUUCCUGACUUACCUCAAUGAAGCUGGAAACGACGUGGAAAAAAAGUACGACCAUAUACUAUUAUACAGCGAGAUGAAAAACGUACAUGAUAUGUAUGUAUAUUCGGUUGAUAUACUUUUAAACGAAAUCAAACAGCAUUACGACACGAAGGACGACCAAAGUAAACAAGAGGAUACCAUCAUCAUUGCAAAGUCUGACAGUUUUUCUAAUAAUGUCGUUGAAGAUGCAAUUAAGAUUGUAAAACGGGAAGAUGAAAUCUCAGUAAAAGAUCGUGAAUUGAAGGAGAGACAAUUGUAUACCACACGUAACCGUGAUGAUGGUUCAAAUAUUCAAGCCACUGGCGAUUCGAACAAAAGUUCAGAUGUUAUUCAAAAUCAAAGUAAACACGAAGAAGCGGGUGGAAUAAUUAGUUCGAGUUUCGACAACGAUACUCGUUAUAUUACUGACAAAUUAGCCGAGAUCGAAAAGAGUUUAUAUGAAUGUUCGAUGAUAUUUAAGGACAAAUGGAAUGCGUGGAUGACCCUUAUGGAUAUCGAUGAAUAUUUAUUUGAUACAAAUAACCGAAUCUCUGUGAAUAAACUAGCAUUAAAACAGUUUUUACGCGUAAAUUGUGACAUGAGAGUAAGUAUACAUUCCUUAUUGUUAUUUAUUUUCUCUGCAAAUAAUUUUUUUUUGGAAUACACGCUGACGCCAAUAGGAAUAUAGUAUUUAUACUCUGUGUGUUCAAUGUAGAUACGUAGUAAUGAUGAUGAUAAAUCGCAACAUAAAGCAUACAUCGAAAUUGUAGACUGUACCGAGGAAAUGGUAAUAAUUUAUUCGAUAUCCGUUAUUAUUAUUUUGCAAUCGUAACACCUAUAAGUUCUAAACGAAAAUUAAUAUUAGGAGUUCUUAAAAAAAAAAAAAAAAAAAAAAGUAACACAUAGUUAAAUUAUAUAGGUAUGCUUAUUGAUUUUUAGUUGAUGAUCAGUUGAUCAACUAAUCAUUAUAUAUAAAAUACGUCCUAGGACAAUAGAGACGGAUGAAGUCACUGUUAUAGAUAAUUUAAUGUAUACCUGUAAGCAAAAAUAAACUAUUGCUCACGAAAAAACGUUCAGCUAAUAGUGAUGCUUUGUCAACAAUAUAUAUAUCAUUUUAUAGUAAAAUAAUUGGAUAGGCUUUAUAUGUUUUCUAUAAUUUUGUACUGGUUUUCCCAUGUUUUAUAGUGGUUUUUCACAUUUGAUGAGAAAACUCCUGAGGAAAUCGAAAAAUUACCUCUUUGAAGUACCUUUUCACGCCAAAUUCCUUUCAGAAAAAGUGCUACACGUAGAAAUCCGAGCAAGUCUUCAGGUAGAAUAGUUGCAUACAAAUGGAAAAACAAAUAACAAUAAUAAACAUAUUUUCGUAAAACUAUAAGCUUCUUCGCUCCACUCAGAAUUUCAAAUAAACAUUUGAAGACUUUAUAUUGUAAUGUAUAAUACGUCCGUAAUUUCUGUUAAAAAUUUUGCAAUAUUAGAAAAGACAUAAACUUUUAGACGUUAAAAUAUUUGUCUUUUUUAUACGUUUUACUACUCAAAUCAAGCACUUUUAACGUUAAAAAAUUUGUUUAAACGACAAAUACACUACAUUACUUUCCUUAAAUCAUUUUAAUUACAUUUAUAACUUCAAAAAAAAAUAAUAAUAUAUUUAUACAUAUUAUUUAAUGAUAUACGAUUAAAAAUAUUUUUUAAGGCUCGAAGUUAUAAAAAUUACGGAUUCUUGUCACAUAUAAGUAAGACGGUAAUACAUAAUUAAUUAUUUCUAAUUUUUUUGAGAAAAAAAAAAAAUUCACGGUGUAUCACGGUGCACGAGUUAAAAACAAAUGGUCUAAACUAGUUUUUCUGAACCAUUUUAUUGUCGAGAAUCUCGACUCGAGAUUCCUUAAAUUAAUAUUCAAUUUUUUAGUGGUCCCUAAAUAUAUAUUUUAUACACGGUGACCCAAUAUUUUAUAUUUUUGUUGACCUAAAAUCAUUAAUUGAUGACCCCCAAAAGAAUUGCCCUCCCCUGCAGGUUGAGAACAACUAGUCUAAACUAUACAUAUAAUGUUAAACAAAUAUAAACAAAUCAAUACAAAUAAAAACAAAUUGUAAAAGGUUUUUAUUUGAUUAACGUUAACAUUUUAAAUUUACAAGAAAUUAUUCUUAUAUAAUGAAUGAAAGGAUCUGAUUUCUUUUAUUUAUUGAGCUGCGGUUUUUUAAAAAUAUUUAAAACGUGUUCAACAUUUUAUAUUUUUGGUCACGUUUAAAUAGAUCAAUUGAAUUUACGUAAUAUAUAUUGUACGCAAUUUAUUAAUUUCAGGGAAAUUUCAACGAUCUCGAAAUGUAUAAUAGAAUUAUUUUGUUUUUCAAGAAAAAAAACACAACUGCACAGACAUCGGGAAAUUCGAAAGUGGAAAAAUCUCCGAAAACCGCAUCGAUCAAGCACAAUAUUCUGACAUUGUCAAAGUGGAUAAGUAAACAUAUAAACACAUACAACAUGUUGAUGUAUAUCAGCUUCAUAGUUGAUGCAUUCAUUCUGACCGUAGGAUUUCAAUCAAAUUUAUUGUUUCAAGCAGCGAAACACUAUUUGUAUAAAUAUUGUAUCGAUAUUAGACCGAAUUUCACCAAACUUGCAGUGCACAGUUUGGAUACAUUACGAUUUUAUUUGUCCCUGUUUUAUCGACUGUUACAAAAAAUGAGUGGGCUAAUUACUAAAAAAUGGAACGUCAACGCAAGUAGACACCCGUACUUAAUGAACAUGGAUUUAAAUUUAAAACAUAUGCUUAGUAUAACAGCGCUAUCAACGUAUAUCGCGAGUACAGAAUAUGAUCAAAUACUACUGAUGAGAGAAGAAAUCCAGAAAGAGUACAAUGCGUUAGAAUUACUAGAUUUAUAUUCUAAUAAUGCGGUUAUAAGUGUAGACUACUUCAGCAAAUCUAUAAAUGGCGUAAAAGAACUACUAAAUGUCUUGAAUUAGAUUUCAACAAGGAUUCAAUGAAAAAUAUUUAUACAUAAAAUAUAUACACGUAUAAAUAAUACAUUUACGUUUUAAAAAUAAUAAAAUUCACUUAAAAUUUAAUUUAUUUGCAUACACUAUAGUCGAUAUGUAUCAAUAUAAUAUUAUGUAUAGUAAACUUCUGAAUAAAUUUUAUUCCUAAU